UCUCACUUUCGAAUAGGAGAGUCAGCGCGGGAACAGUGCUUGGGGCGGUCGGGGCUAGCACUUGCUAUCAGAACUUCUGUGGUGAUGUCUACUCGGGAGGCUGAUUUAUCACCAGUUAUUCCUAUUAUACAAACCAAUCCCUUAGCAUGGAAAAUGAGACAAAUUACAAGUGGCUUUGUACCCUUAAACUGGAAAUAUGGACAGAAUGACAAGGAAGAAUUGGAAUACGCCGAAUACAACGAGAGUGAGGCUCUUUGUCGAGCGUUAGAGCACAUCAGGAUGGUGAAGGAAAAAGGAUCAGUGGAGGAGAGACACCUGCGCACUGUGGAAGACAUUGCUUGGAAGUCUGGGUUAGCGCCCGAAGACAUUGACACGCUGUUAGAUGUGGUGCUGAGUGGCCCGUUUGCUGAAGCGGUAAAAAAUCGGAUGUUGAAGUGCCUCAUUCCAGCAACUCUGAUACCUGAAAGUGCUGUGGUUAGAGCUUUCUCCAGGCUCUGUGCUAGCAAUUGUUCUAAUAACACAAAGGUACUCUUUUGUCGAUGGUUGAUUGCAAUGUUUGACUUCAUUGAUGGUAAGGAGGACAUGAACUCUCUCUAUGGCUUCUUUUUUUCCUUUCUGCAAGAGGAAACUAUGAGUUGUUACAUCUGUAACUUAUUGUAUCUGCUGACCAAGAGGGAGAAUGUCAAACCUUUUCGUGUGAGGAAAUUGCUUGAACUCCAGUCCAAGGUGGGGAUGCAGCCUUAUCUCCAGGCCUUGUUGUCAUUGUAUAAAUCCUUUUGCCCCAACUUGAUUACCAUUUCUUUGCCUCCAAAAAGGAAGUUCUACUUUAAGACAACAGAUAGCAUUUGGCAGGCAGCCGUCUAUAUUGUGAAGGAAAGAAAUCAUAAAUCCCUAUUACCAUCUGUGAAACUAACUAUUGGCACAGCUUAUAGCCACCCCCGAAAAAAGAAAUGGAAUUCUGGCUGCAUUAUCCCAGUGCCCACCAGCAGUCACAUCAGCAAGGAAGAGCAGGACAAGGAAGGUGGCUCAUCCAGCCUGGACGUGAUGCUUAGUGGUCAUAAAUCCUUUCCUUUAGAGCAGCUCCACACGUUCUCCCAGCUCUUGGACAACAUCCAGAACAUUGAGCUUCCCUCCCAGAUGUGCUCGGUGCUCAAGAGUGCUCCAUUACUACACUAUCUGAACUGUAUCCAAGAUGAGACUGUCUGGCUGCGACUUUAUUACUGGAUGAGUCAAGAGUUAAAAGAAGGAUGUACUUGGUGCAAGGUCAGUAAUUACACAUCUGAAGAAGAGUUCAGGAAGUUUCUGGACAUUAUCAUCAGCGCACAGUGUUUUUUACAGGAGGGCUUUCCUUCCAGUGAGGCGUUCCUGUAUAAGAGCCUGCCUUUGUGGGACGGCGUCUCUUGUCGAGCAGAAUACCUGCAGCUUCUCAGCUGGAUUCCCCUGGGGAAUUUCUCUGAAAUCAAGCCACUUCUCUGUGACUCCCUGACACAGCUCUUCUUUACAUCAUCCAUCUAUCAUAAGUGCAGUGUUCUGUAUAGCCUGAAACAGUUGCUGCAGAACUGGCUGUUGUGGCAUGCUAUGGAGGUCAGCGUGAAGCCCACGCGGAGCACUUCUGCGGACACUCCCAUGAUUGCCCUGAACUCUGUGAGUGAGCUGAUCUCCUAUGUGGGAUGGCUGUCCACAAUUGCUCUGCGAUUGGAGAGCAACAGUAGUUUCUUGCUUCACUUUAUUUUGGAUUUCUUUGAGACGGUGUCUGACAUGUAUCUCAAUUAUAACCUUCCGUUAGUGAUGAUGUUUCCACGUGGGGUCUUCUAUCCAGCACUACUCACCUCAGACACCAUCGCCCUCAACCAUCUCUGUUAUAUUAUGUACAGGUAUCGUGUCAACCUGACCGCGGCCAAGGAAAAUGAACUGAUACGCCAGGAAAGGCUGAAGUUCAACAAAACCUACCAAGAAUUUAAUGAAUAUGUGACCGCCUUGGUGGACUGCCUGUGGACAUCCACGUCCUUUGAGAAAGACCACUAUCUCUACAUAGAUCCUCAGAUCCUAGAAAAGACUAAAAUACGGGAAUAUAAGAGGAGUUUAAAUCUAAUUAAUCAUCCAGCCUUACUGCCCUAUUCCAUCUACUUUCUGCUUCAGGGAUGGCCAGCAGAAAAGGAACUUUCUUUGUCUUCCAUUCAGGAACAUCUGGAAGACCUUAUCAUCUCUAGGCAAUCCUCUGCCAUUUGGAUUUUGCACAGGACAUCCUCCACGACAGUGGCAAGCACCUUUGACAAAUGGUGUCAGAAAGUACCAUUUCUUGGCUGAAUACUCCUGGUCCACAAGGAAGAAAGGAAGGUUUCAGAGACUAAAAGACAGCUUCUCCUCAUGUGGAGAUGAUAAAAGAGAGUGAGAGAGUGAGAGAGAGAGAGAGAGAAUAUAGGAGCGUGCUGCUUCCAUGCCAAUGUCCUGUUCUGCCCAGAUACCACAAGCAGUGCCCUUAUGUCACAGGUAAGAGCUUAAGAGCUCAGUGCCUGAGAAGAUCAGGAAGAGAUGCCCUCCCCGGAACUUCUUGGAGAAACCCUCACUCUAAAUUCCUGACAUCUCCCCACCCCCAAAGUGAAACUCAGGAGCACCAGUGUCAGUUCUCCAAGGUACCUCAGAAGCUAGCCAUGUUGGCAACAGAUCAUUUUAAGCUUUUCACUGGUUCUUGUCAUUUAUUUAUUACCUUUCAUACCUUGAGGAACUUUAUCCUAUUGCUAUGCUUUUGGUAUUUUUAGAUUGC